GGAGGAGCCGAGGGGAGAGCGGCCGCCGCCAGGCCUGGCCUGCCCUGCGCUUCGGGCCCGGCUCGGUGCUGCGCCAGAAUGGUGGCUUCCAUGUUCCUCCGGGUGGCCUUCAGCCUGGUUGGCUGGUUCUUCCUCUACACCUGGUCUUGCCAUCGGUUCAAGGACCGCACCUACGAGUGGAGCUGCCGGUUGGUCACUCUGACGCACGGAGUCCUCGCCACUUGCCUCUCUGGCUACAUUGGCUUCAUCGACGGCCCAUGGCCGAUGUCUUAUCCAGGAUUGCCCAACACUCCUCUCCAGAUCCAUGCGUUGUGUAUCAGCUUGGGCUACUUCCUGUUUGACCUGGGCUGGUGCGUCUACUUCCAGGCCGAAGGGGCACUGAUGCUCGCCCAUCACACGGUGAGUAUCGCAGGGAUCACCGUGUCCCUAGUCCUGGGCGAGUCAGCCGCGGAAGUCAACGCCGUCAUCUUUGGCAGCGAGAUCACCAAUCCACUCCUGCAGACCCGGUGGUUUCUCCGGGAGAAGGGUCUGUACCACAGCUUCACAGGAGACGUGGUGGAUUUCUUCUUCGUGGUGCUCUUUACGGGAGUACGGAUUGGGGUCGGGGCCCGGUUGAUGUACUGCGUGCUGAUGUCCCCCAAGCCCAAGUGGUUCAUCAAGUUGGGAGGCGUGAUCAUGUAUGCCGUUUCUUGGGUCUUCAUGGUUAGCAUCUGUCGAUUUGCCCGACGAAAAAGCAUAAAGAAGUACCAUGCCUGGAGGAGUCGGUUCAGCCGAGAGAUGAACUUGAAUGCCAACGGGCAUCUGAAGAGCCAUUGACCCCCAACCCCCGGGUCAGAUCCACAUGCGUCAUCUGGAGGCCAAAGGUGUGCAAGGUCCUGGUCUGCAGGACCACUUUUGAGAAGUGAGCCGCAUGAGAGCAAAGAUACAGCACAGUGUAGUGGGUAGAGUUUUGGCCUAGCAUGGAGGAGUCCUGCGUUCGAAUCCCCGCUUGGUUCACUGAAUGACCUCAAGUCAGCCAUUUUCUCUCAGAUGAGCUUAUCUCACAGGGUUGUUGUGAGGAUAAAACCGCAUCACUUUCACCUUUGCUGCCCCGAGCUUCUUACAGGAACAGCGGUAUACAAAUGUGGAAAGUGUUGUCACUGCAGAGACAAGCGGGGUGGGUUUUAUCCCUGGUAUAACUCCACCGACAUUAGUACGUUUGCACUGUAGAAACUUUUCUGCGCAGCGCAAGGUACUGGGACGGUGCACGCUAUAAGCAAAGGGCUAGUUGGCACACUGGAAUUGCUUGUGCUCAGGGUGAGCGUAUAGGAUGAAUGCCCUCAGCCACUGACUCCUCCAACACUGCCAUAACCUCAAGAGGAGUUUAAAUCAAGGUGCAUACAUUCCAGUCUUUGUGGCACUGCACACUGUACACGCCUGGUGCGUUACUCAUAAUUUAUUUAUGUAUGUAUUUAUUUAUUUAGAGAAUGCAUAUGCUGCCUCUCUAGAUUGAAGGUCUCUAACCCCCUUGCCAAGCCAUUGUUCUAUUGUUUCAAUAGAUAUGGUGCUUUUAAAAUAGUCUCGGGAGUUGUUCCAGCAGUAAACUGCCAGUUUAAAUACCAUUAUGUAAACAUAAGGUCAACACCCUUAGGACACAAGGGUAACUCUUAGCUUCUGAUGGCUUUUUAUUUUUGUAUUCAGCCAGCCAUUUAUUGGAUGUUAGCAACCAGAGGACCAAAUCAGUGUUAGUGCGUUGUUAGGGGAAAGACGGGUAUUUGGGAUUUCUGACCUUCCCUCCCCAACUCCCUAUCCCAUGCUUAGUUCCACCUGAACAGCAAGAUUCAACUUUAUGCAUUCCACUUCUGGCCCUUGGCCACAGGGUUCGUCUGUUGGUGUUGUGAACAGAAACUGCCUCAUAAACUCCGCUGGCCAGGUUUCAAAUACAGCCAAAGUUUGGCUGUGACCUUCCUUUAUAGCAACAGUUAAUUUGGUCCUAGAAGUUAGACAUGGCAGAUGCCUCCGACAUUCUAGACCUCUGUACAGGGCUUUUUUUCAGCAGGAAUGUGGUGGA